AUGGACGGCCUUGACGAAUUCGAAAAGACUCUUGCCGCGGAAAAGGCAGAGCGCGAACGUUCAGAACGCGACCGCGACGAGAAGAAGCAUCGCAAACACAGACAUCACCAUCGACACGAGUCGGACAGAGAUCGAGAUCGCGAUAGGGAUAGGGACAGGCAUCGGCAUCGUCGGCAUCGCGAUGAGGAGGAGGAUGGACACAGACACAAGCGCUCCCGACACUCGCGCGACGAUGAGGAGCAUCGAUCACGGCAUCGACAUCGCGACGAGCAACAUCAGAAGACAUCAGAUCCUCAAGAAGACCUUCCCAUCCCCGACGAGGAGAAACCCCGCAGCGAAGACACAGUCGAUACAUCAAAGCCUCUGGCGCGAGAUUCCUGGAUGACGGCACCCUCCGCCCUCGAAGUCGACUACAUCCACCGACCAGACAAGGCCAAGUCACCCCCUCCAAAAGUCGAGCCGAAGCGAGUCGUAUCCAAGAGAGAGAUCAACCUCCACAUCAACGAUAUCAACGACGGCAAGACCCUCGACGAGCUCGACAUUCCCAAGGAACGAGAUGUCGAGUACACCUUUGGUGACGCUGGUUCUUCCUGGCGCAUGACCAAGCUCAAGGCCGUCUACACAGUAGCCGAAGAGAGUGGUCGUCCGGUAGAAGAAGUUGCCAUGGAGCGCUUUGGAGAUCUACAAGACUUUGACGAUGCAAGGGAGGAAAAGGAGGAGAUGGAACGAAGGAAACUCUAUGGAAAGGGCUACAAGGGUCACGACAAGCCUACCGGCGACCUCUACCGCGAGAGGAUCAAGAACCAACGCAAGGACGAGCCUCCUCCCGAGCCAGAGCAGGGAACCAUCAUUCCCGAUCCGCAGCCUGCUUCUACACCAGCUAUGGACCAGUCCGCUCUGAACCGACUACGCGCCCAGAUGAUGAAGGCCAAGCUCCGUCGCGCACCGAAUGCCGCCCAGCUAGAAGAAGAAUACAACAAAGCCGCAGCCGCAUUCGCCUCAGGCCGCCAGGAUCCUGAAGCCGUCGUCCUUAGCGUCAUGGAUAACCGACAACUCGCUGGUACACGCGCCGAAGCGAGAGCCAUCACCACCAAACGCGGUCGUGAACGUGGCAACGUCGAGGAAAACACCGAGAUGACAAUCGAAGACAUGGUCCGCGAGGAGCGUCGCACAAAGAACCAAGCCGGCGGCGAAGGUCUACGCUUAGCAGAGCGCAUCGCAAAGGACGGCAAGUUCGACAAUGACCUUGAAUACAUGGAUGAAAACGCCGAGAAGCUCGCCCGUCGCAUGCACAAGUCCGACCUCAACCUCAAAAACAUGGCCGUAUCCGAGUUCCAAAAGAUGUCGCGCGCUCUCGACUCGUGUCCCCUGUGCCACCACGAAGAUACAAACCAGCCACCCUUAGCACCUAUCAUCGCCCUUGGUACUCGCGUCUUUCUCACCCUUGCUACUGAGCCCGAGGUGUCACCGGGCGGCGCCGUGCUCGCUCCGAUAGCACACCGUGUCAACCUCCUUGAGUGCGACGAUGAUGAGUGGGAAGAGAUUCGCAACUUUAUGAAGUCCUUGACACGAAUGUACCACGACCAAGGCCGUGAGGUGGUCUUUUACGAGAAUGCGGCUGCACCACAUCGACGUAUGCACGCUGCUAUGGUGGCCGUGCCGAUCCCGUACGAAGAGGGUGCUACAGCCCCGGCCUACUUCCGCGAGGCCUUUCUCUCGUCGGACGAGGAGUGGAGUCAGCAUCGCAAGAUCAUCGAUACGGGUGCCAAGGCUCGCGAGGGCAUGGGUCGGUCCGCCUUCCGACGAUGUAUUGCAAAGGAGAUGCCAUAUUUCCACGCAUGGUUCACCCUUGAUGGCGGACUGGGUCAUGUUGUAGAAGAUGCGGGUCGUUGGCCCAAGGGGGAUCUGUUCGCUCGUGAGGUCCUCGGUGGUAUCGUAGACGCUGAACCACAUAUAAUCAAGAAGCAAGGAAGAUGGACAAGAGGCGAUUCUCGAGUCGAAGGAUUCAAGAAGGGAUGGAGAAAGUUUGACUGGACAAGGAUGCUAGCAGAAGGAUAG